AUGUGUUACAUAGUGAAGGGGAUGGUGAGAUGUGGCAAGAAUAAGUUGAAUCGGGAGAAGUUGAAAGUCCUCCACACUGCUGGCUCAAAGGCCUUCAGAAAAGUGCAAUAUGAUGAGCGAGACCGUGCCACUGGAGAGGAACUUGGACUUGUUGAGUUGUACAAAAAGACGCAUUUUAGUGAGAAAAAAGAGGCAUGGGUGCAUGCUGAUGCUGAGAUUAGACAUUACAAGCUUGAAAAGCGGCAAGAGAAAGCUAUUGAAGACGGAUCUUGCCUGAUAUCUGAUGAGCAACUUUCUAUUGAGGUAUUUGGACAAAAAGUUGGCUACAUACGCGGCUUAGGGCGUGGUCGAAAACCAAGUACAACAUUAUCUGGAAAACUUACCCGUGCCCAACUCGAGAGGGAUAAUGAGGCUGCUACAAGGGAGGCUGAAGAGCAACGAAGAAUCAAUGAGGAGCUGGUGGGAAGAAUUCAAAUCUUGGAGUCUGAUCGCACGGAAUACAAUGCCAAAGUUGACUUCUUGAUGCAGCAGAUUAGUCAAAGAGUACCCUCUACUGAUUCUUCUUCUUAGUCCUGCAAGCUUGCGUUGAUUUAAAGCUUGGGAGCUCUCUGCUAGAUUUUGAAUGCCAUUUUAACGAAACCAUUGAGAAGAAGAUGCGAUGAGUUGAGUUGUUUUGUUAUGUAGGUAGAUAUAAUUCUAAUAACAACCUGUUCAUUGAACAGUUGAAUGCUAUAAACAAUGCUUAUAACACUAGCCUUAUAAAUUGGAAAUGAUACUUUUGAAAUCUCUGUCAUAUAUACAAUCAAGAUAUUACGUACUAAUGAAUUAGAGCAUGGUAUUUGUUUGUUAUUGAAUGCGAUGAGCAUUUUUUUUUUUUUUUUUUGUGUAGUUGAAUUUUAAUUUGGAGAUGAGUGGAUGGUUUGGUGAUAUAUAUUUUCUGUUUGGUUGUUGAGAAAUCAAGAAAGGAAUAUAAGUUGAUGUUCAAAUUAGUAUUUUUAGAAUAAUUGUUACAAAAUCAAAAAAAAAAAAAAAAA